AUGGAAUCUUUGGAUCAGAUCAUCAAGGACAGUAGCCUACAGGCGCCAGCUCCUGUAGUUGCUCCAUUUGAGUAUUUGGUGAAAAUGCAAGGUAAGAAGGUACGCACGCGUCUUCUUUAUGAGUUUGCAAAACUAUACGAGGUUCCAGCGGCUUCAGUAGACGCAGUAAGCGAGUUCAUUGAUGAGCUUCAUACAGCUAGUUUAUUGAUCGACGAUAUCGAGGACAAUGCUGAACUCAGACGUGGUAAAGUGGCAGCGCAUAAGAAGUUUGGUAUUUGGACCACUUUGAACAGUGCGCAAUGUGCUGUAUACAUUGCUAUAUCGAAGUUAUUGGGAAAGGAAAAUCAAGCGUCUCUACCGUCCAUUAUAAACGAGGAAUUAAUUCGAUUACAUUUUGGCCAAGGUCAAGACAUAUACUGGAGGGACAACGGAAUCGUCCCUAGCUUAGAAGAAUACUAUGAAAUGGCUAAGAAUAAAACUGGUGGGCUUUUCAGGUUGAUGGUGAGGCUGCUGCAAGCCUUGUCAUCUAACAAAGAACGUUCGAAAGACUAUGACUUAAUACCACUAGCCAACGCUGCAGGGAUACUUUACCAGAUUCGUGAUGAUUACUUGAACCUAUUUUCGAAUCAAAUGUUUGAACAAAAAGGCUUCGCUGAUGACCUCACUGAGGGAAAGUUCUCUUUCCCUAUAAUUCAUGGUAUUACUCUGUCUCAUAGUGUUGAUGGUGAUAAUUAUGUCUUGAAAACAAUUCUCUCAAAACCAACAGAUAUUGAUACGAAGACCCAGUUACUAGACUACUUAAAGGAGAAGACACAUACUGACGUAUACACUAGAGAAAUAAUCAAUAGUUUGGGGAAUAAGGUAAUAUCAGAGUUUAUUCCUGAUGAAUUGGAUUCAAUAAAGGCUAUACUAUCAAAGUUAUGUGAUCUAAACUAA